CAGUGUAGCUGGUGAAAAAUAAUAAACAAAGACGGCAAAAGCAAAUGGGAUUGUUUUCAACCAGGAAACAGCAUUAGUGUUCGCGAGACAGGCCGACAAGAACUCAAUAGAUUUGGCUUCACUGUGGGCGCACCUUAAACACAAGGCCUUUGGAUUCGAGGUCAAGGUAAAAAUGACAUAAGUUUGUAAGCAAAUCCAUUAAGGAUAAUGGCGGCUAAAGGAGCACAUAUAACACAAAACAUAGAAGCCCGUCCAUCCGUGUUUGAAGUCAUUGCUGCAGAUUCAUUAAAUUCCACAUUCUAUCCAGCACUGAAAAGAGUGGCCAAUUUUUUGGCUACGAUAAAGCCCAACACUUUUGGUUACGUUCUCAGAUAUUAUGACGAAGCAUAUCUGGUGUUCAAUUGUGUAGUUCAAAGCUAUUACCUUCGUAACAAAGGGGGAUCACUGUCGGAAGUUUUCUAUGGACUAUCGCGUAUUUCGCCGCAAACAUUGUGCUUCGAUAGCAAUGGGAAACAGUGGUCACUCGUUUUCCUAGUCCUUAUACCAUACUUAUCCAACAAGAUCGAACAAAAAGUGCAACGAUGGAAGGAUGAUUGCGAAAAUAACACAUUAAUAACGCCAGAGAAACGGUUGCUCGUUCAAAUCGUCCCAUAUUUGAAGGCUUGUUACGAAAGCCUGAAGCUUUUUCAAUACAUCAUAUAUCUAGCAGGAAAGAGUCAUACACAUUCACCGGUUUUGCGUUGGUUGAAUCUGUCGCUUGCAUACCUACCAGAGGAAGACGAGCCAUGGAUGUUUAAGGAUAUCCUGUCAGGUCAAGUCAAGUUUGCAACUGUUUUAAGCUCUGUUCUACUAAGAACUUUAGAGUUAUCAGCAUUCUUUCUGCAAUUCAUCGAAUGGUGGCAAAAUGAAGCAAACAUGGGAGACCUGUCCAAACUACCAGUACCUGAUUCACCACAAGAUAACUUAUACAGCGAAAAAUACAAGAACAUGUGCCCUCUCUGCCUUCAAAAAUGGAUUAUCCCAACGGCUGUUUCAGUGUCGGGGUACGUAUACUGCUACCGAUGUAUUGUGAGCCACAUGCAGAAAAAAAAUGAAUGUCCUGUUACGAAAUAUCCAGCUACAAUUAGCGAUCUAACAAGAAUUUUCGAUGAUGACGAUUGACCAUUUUGUAUAGAAACGAUGUCAUUGGCAAUGUAGUAAAUUAGUACAGGUUGGUUAAGGUCCUCAAAAACGAGUUUAUGUCAUGUGAUUCUAAAUAUAACGAUUGAUUAUAGUCAGAAGUCAGUAGAGUUCACAUGUGGGACCAUAUAAUCACAGUCACGUCACAUACUGACUAGAAGGAAAUUUUGACUAUAUACACGGCAUGGAGGACAACCAGGAUGUGGGUUGGUGCAGGUUUAAGUUAUUUAUGUAUGCUUGACGAUGAUGUGUACGAUAGAAUAUGAGGAAAUGUAAAUCGAGCAUUACUAUUGUUGGAGGCUCUAAACAAAAAAAUCACGUUUUAUGCAAUAAAUAUUAUGUAUAAUUAAUGAUAA